AUUUACACUGCAAAAAUCCCGUGCGAAAUGCCGUGAUUCAUUUCCAGAACUGUAAACUGGACUUUAUCCAAAAUUUAAAAUUAAUGUUUAAUAGUGUAUUCAUUAAAAUAACCUUCAUUGAGAAAUUGAUAAGAAAUAAUCACAGCUUGAUAAAAAAAAUGACAGAGGUUGUUAUACUCUGCUGAAAAAAUUCACAAAAUACCCCUUAAGCUACUGUAAAGUUGCUUUUUGCCUGUGGGGUAAUCAUUUUCUGAAAAUGUGACGUCACACAUUUUUGGCGUUUAUUUCCCAACACACUCAAAAAUGAAUAAUGCUUCCACCCUUAACAUUAUUGUCCUGGUAAGAGUUGAUUUUUUCUCCGUUUUUUGUCAUUAGGCACCACGACAUUUGUUUGAAAAUUCAGUCAAGGGUUUUAUCAACAAGUUUGCUCCUGCGAACAGAAAAACCCGUCCGACGACCAUACAUCGUUAGUCCGAUUCGUUUGAAGUUGGAUAGAAUUGGGGAUUUUGUCAGAAGAAAUAAUCAGCUAAUCAGGAAUGUCUCAUGGAUUGCCUAAUAGAGUUCUAUACAAAUGAUUUCACACACUACCUGGGGGGUUUGUUUUCCUCCAGCUAUCAUAUGUAAAACUGCCAGCCAAUUUAGAAAUAGCUCACCUAAAGUAUUAAUAGUGUUGGAAUGGUCUACGUCGCUCUAAAACUUAUUCCGGAGACCUACAAUACCGGUUUUUUAGGUUCCACCAUGAAAAUAAUUGAACCGAAAAAUUAUUUUCGAUUUGUUGUCUUCCAUCUAUGACAGGUGGAGGAAAACGAAUCGUUGAACACACUAAUAGAGUUACAGAUUAUACUCUAUUAAGAUUUCUGACAGCUCAUUUACAACCGCAGAUGCAAACUCAAGUCAAAGGGAAUUGGUUUGUUUUCAUCGCAAAAUACCUAACCUCGACCGAUUUUUACAGUGCACAAUAUUUUGUUUUCAUUAUUUCGUUAUUCAGUGCCUUUUCUUUUUUACUGGGAAUAGAAAGGUCAAUAUCAAUAGGUUUGUUCCAGUACGCGCUUCUUGCUUCCAGUUGCUCCAGAACAAACAGAAGCAAAAAAGUUGCUCCUUUUUACUCCGGUUUGCUACCAUAAGAUGAAAAAAGAGAAUGGAAUACAGGAACGAUUUUUCUGUUUGCUCCGGAAUACUUCUAGUUUUUCCUGGUACUGGAACAAAUCUCAUAUACUCCAGGAGUAGCGUUUUACGCCAGCGUCCAAUAACCGCUCACGCAGUUUUGAAAACAGCAAUUUAUUUUGGGUUUCCGGUUUUUGGUAAAAUAACGUAACUUCACGCUGACGGUAAGUUUUUGAAGUUCUACUUACAAACAUGAAAUAUUCUAGUUUUUUAUUAUUUUUCUGUAGGGCAGCUCAAAAUGAGUCGUUCAGUAAGUGGUGUCUGGAAUUUUCUGAAUAAAGUUGACGGUGAGAAAGGAGCAAAAUGCCGCAUAUGCCGCAAAAUGUAUUCAACAUCCGGUAAUACCAGCAAUGUAUGGAAGCAUCUGGCACUGCACGGUAUUACUAAAGAGAACCACAAAGAUGCUGUAAUUGGAGAAAAGGGGAACGUAACAUUUAAAAACAAGCAGAUAAUUGAUGCCAACGCCAAUGACGAUCUUGACAGUACUCACGAAAGCAACGAUGAUUCGUCUUCAAGUAUUAUAGAAGCGGGUGGUUCUAUCGGUGGUGGUGCAGCGUCAAGGUCUGCUUCGAAGAGCAGCGUAUUACGACCACAAACGGGGAAUAAUGAUUCACCGAGACCUUUGGUGCAACAAUCUCUUCAUUGUGUCAUUGAACGUGGAAAAUCUUUUCAAGAUGGUGGUUCUCGUAGUAUCGACAUAACGGAUGCGUUACUGUUCAUGGUCCUUAAAGACAAUCUCUGUCUUUCGACGCCAGAAAAAGUAGGUUUCAAAUAUUUCUGUAAAACUACAGUGCCACUAUGGACUCCACCUAGCAGAAGAACCCUUACUAGACAGAUGGAACAAAAGUAUGAGAGAUUGUCGCAACACGUCCGCGAAAAGUUCUCAAAACUUUCUGCUGUUGUCCUAACAAUGGACGGGUGGACUGAGCCCCACAAUACUAAAGCUUUCCUCGGUGUAACUGUGCACUAUGCAGUCGAUGACGAAAUGCAUUCGGCAGUAUUGGGAGUGGAGCCUAUGUCAAGUGCACACACACACGACAAUUUGGCGACUGCAUCACUACAGUUUUGUAACCAUUGGGGUCUAAAACCGACGCAAGUUUCGCACGUUGUUACUGACAAUGCUCCGAAUAUUGUUCUUGCUGCGAAAGAAGCAUUCGGGGAAUCAAAACAUUUAGCAUGUUUUAAUCAUACACUAAAUUUAAUACCCUCAUCAGGGGUGGGUUUCAAAUCGGUAAACGGACAGCGUAUCCCAUACGUUCCAGGAAUACCAGAUCUAAUUAAAAAACUCAAAAACAUUGUGACUUUCUCACAUACCAGUUACAAGUUUGCGGAUGAAUUGAGAAAGGUGCAGUUAGACGGAGGAGCUACUGAGGGCACGCUACUUCGGUUGAUACAAGAUGUUACUACGCGUUGGAACUCAACAUAUUUGAUGUGCGAUCGUUUCCUGAAGAUGCAAAAAAUUGUAUCUGUGGCAGCCCUUAACUUUCCUGAUUUGGACAUGUUGACAGCUGCAGAACUGGCAACUUUAGCAUCUAUACUAGACCUUCUUUGGCCAUUUUAUGAUGCGACAGUCGAAAUGUCAGCGGAAAAGACCACGACGGCUAGCAAGGUUAUACCAUUGAUUUCGAUGAUAAAUAUAGAACUUUCCAAAGUUGAAAUACCUGACCGUGACAUCUGUGCACAAUCCUUGAAGAAGUUUCUAACAGGAGAAAUGGUACGACGAUUUGGGGAAGCCGAAUACAACAUGCUUCUCACAAUGGCGACACUAUUGGACCCUCGAUUUUUAAAGGUUCAUUUUCAAAAGGCUUUAGCGGUUUCGAAGGGGAUCAGUUUAAUGGAAAAAGUAAUAGUAAACGAAUUAAGAAAAGAAGCUCCCGAGUCCAACGCAGCUCAUGUUUCAUCAACAGCAAUUGUAACCAGAGAAUCAAAUUCGAAAAGAAAUUUAUGGAAUUUCCACGACACUUUGGUCAAUCAGGUUGCCACGGCAUACUCGACUGAUGACUACGUAAACGUUGCUCGACAGGAAAUCAAAGCUUUCUAUUCCAGAACAGUUAUGCCUCGAAAAACAAACCCCCUUGCCGUGUGGAAUAACGAAUUGCGACAUCUCUUUCCCAAUUUGUUUAAAUUGGCAAAAAUAUAUAUUCCAGCAAUCGCGACAUCCACGCCAUCGGAAAGGUUGUUUUCCUUAGCUGGGAGAAUCAUGGACGAUGACGGAUGCCGCCUCUCCAAUGAACAUUUAUCCCAGCGAAUUUUUCUUGCUAGUUGUGAUAGCGCUAUUUGGGACGAAUAAAGUGUGAUUUCGAUUGCCGUGUGAAUUCUUGACCAAUUUUUGCAAAUCUGAUUUCAAAUAAAUGAUACAAUGUAGAUCAAUUGCUAUUAAACUUAAUUACUAUCUGACUUCCGAUUCCGCAAUUAUAGAUAGAGUAGAGAAGUUACAUAGACAUUGCGCUUGUAAACCAGUACCAUCGAGGUAUCAAAAUAGUAAAAAUCCUAUUCAAAUGGUUACUAAAUUUAAUAAAUUAGCAGAUCUAGAGCAACCAUAGGGGCGAUGAGAAUGGUUGUCCGAGUUAUGAACGGUUCGAUUUUGAGUUGACCUAGUGCUGCGAUCUUAUUAGCACUAUGAACCCUUCCCGUAUAUAUUAUUUAAUUUUUUUGUCAAAAUAUAUUGAAAAUAGUCGAUUUUCCCGAAAUUAAAAAAAACAAGUCCGGUAUUGAUCGAUACUAUCGGAAGUAUCAAUACUUUUCGGUCGAUACAUCGAUACUCAGUAUCGAAUUAACUAAAAGUAUCGCGAUACCAAAGUAUCGAUACUUUUUGAAGUAUCGCCCAUCCCU